UGAGCAUUUAAGAGCGAAGGUUGCAGAAGCUGAGCGGCACGGUAAGGCUAGGGUUUAUUGGGAAGCAAUCUAUCUAUCUAUCUAUCUCUACAAUGAUCUACGACGUCAACUCUCCUCUCUUCCGUUCCUUCCUCAGCCAGAAGGGCGGCUCCUCUGAUAAGAGGAAAAUGGAGGAACAGAAGCCAAAGGAACAGAAACCCAAAGCAAGUGAGAAUAAGCCUGUUAUGACAGAGUAAAGCUGUUAAGAUGGAGUGAAGUGAAAGGUGCCUCGUCUAUGAAGCUUUAAAAUGGUUUAGAAUAGAUGAAAGCUGUUUCAAAUGCUAUUAUAAAUAUUAGGAAGUUUUUUUUACCAGAAAAUAUUAGGAAGUUUGUGUUGGCUAAUAUGAAUGAAUGUAUUGUUGGACUAAGAUUUUUAGUUUGUAACGAAUGCAUGCUUGGAUAUGGCUAUUAUUUUGAGUUUGAGGAUGGGCAUGGCAUUCUGAGAAAUGUUGUGCAAUGAAUCUUAUCUCAUAGCAUAUGAUGAGAUAGCAUAUUAAAAUUAAAUCAUAUAUGACUUAUUUUUAGAGAA